GAGUUUCAUUCGACAGUCACUUUGUUAAGUAAUCAAUUCAAUGCAAAGCAUGCAAGUAGCUCAACCAACUAUUAGUGGCGGAGCCACAUUGAACUCACCUAUUAUCAAGAUUCAUAUUCGUGUUCUUAAAAUAUUUAGGCUUCCCUACUGAGAGUUCCGGCUCUGCUAUUACUGGCUAUAGAUCGAAAGAAUAAGAUGUUGGAUAUCCUCAGCCGACACAAGUCCGUGCGAAACUCGUACACUCAAACCUGACAAAUAGAGGUCAUCUUGGCGGUCAACAACAUCAAAAUUGAUCUCGAAGAAGCUGGACAAAGGAGUGUGCACGAAGCAAUAGGGACAUGCGGACCGACAAACACACUGGAAUAUAUGUCAAGGGUAUAAAGUCAGGGAGAUGACCCAUAGUAGUAAAAUCAUCGUAUGAAAACAGUAAAAUAAUAACGUGAAAUUUUAAUUUAUCACAGUGAUAAAACCGUGAUAUGACAUAAGGGUGCAAAGAUUAAUUACUAGCCCCCCAGGCCCCACCCAUUGUCCUUAUAUUAGUUUUCGAUUAUUCGGAUUGUGAACCGAUAAACUGAAAUAAUGAUUUUGUAAGAAUUUGCAGAUUUCAAUUUUGAACUAGAUCUACUCCUCAUUAAAUUUUAAAUGCAAUCUAAAAAAAGGGUCAUUAUUAAUAAGUAAUUUCCCUCUCUAGAACGCUAAUAAAUGGUUAAACAUUUAAUAAUAGAUCUCCCUGCCCAUUGCAUAUUGAGUUAUUGACUAAAAAACUUUUGAUAGAACUACCAUACCUUGAGUACCUUUUUAAUUAAGGAAGCUUAUCAGCAUCAUUAACUUCCCAAGAUAUAUCAUAUCAUGUCAGAAAAAAAUAACUACCCAAGAUAUAAAUGUACACAUACACUGAAGAAGAAUAUACAGCUUUGAAUCCUUGUGAGAAAACAAGUGUCUUAGGGUACGAACCAGUCAUGGGGAUAGAAAGCAGCAGCAGCAGCAGAGUUAUCUCGACAGCAGCGAUUCUGAGCACCACCGUCAUCAUCUCGAAUCUACUGCUCUCUGCCACAACCGCAGCGGCGUACUCCUUCUGGCCGUACCACCAUGUACACGUCACCAACGAGCUCACCGGCGGGAAGGUGUUGCUUGUCCAUUGCAAGUCCGGCACCCGCGAUUUGGGAGUCCAGAACAUCACCCCGACCAACGAGUUCACGUGGCGGUUCCGGCCGGGGUUUCUUUUUGUGUCGACUCUGUUCUGGUGCUACAUAGCCCCCGACGGCGGCCGCCACAUCCACUUCGAUGCGUGGACGGAUCAUGUAUCCGAGAAGUAUGAGUAUGGUUACAGCAUCUCCUGGGUUGCUAAAGACGAUGGGCUUUAUGUAAGAAUUCCAAAGAAAGGUGAUCAAUAUUGGCAAAUGUGGGAUCAGGGGAGGAUGGAAAAAUGACCAAGAACUCUCUUGAUUUCUUAAUUGGUCAUUAAGGAUAGCUGAAUGUCAUUUGGAUUUAUCGAAUAAUUAUAUCCAGACUGCCAAUUUACCAGAUUUUGGUUGGAGCGUUAUUGACGUGAAUCAGUUGGUUCCAGUGAUUAUAUUUGAUCUCAUGUGUUUGAAACUUGUAGAGCCUCAUAUUAUCAUAUGCGUAAAUUAACCGUUAAUAUAAGGUCCGUAGAGACCCAUGUGCUUGAAGUUGUACAUGGCCCUUACAUUGUGUGUAAACUAAUAGUUAAUAUAUGGUUUGUAGAUGUUCGAACAUGUGUCAUGUGGUAUCUAAGUUUAAGGCUCUGUGACAAGUAAGGUUGUUAAUGAGGUGAGCUAUUCGUGAGCGGCUCGGUAUUGAACUCGAUAAAACCUCGUUCGUUUAAAAAAAGUUCGGCUCGUUAAUAAACGAGUCGAGCUUGAGCUCUACCUUGUUCGGCUCGUGAACUAGCUCGAUUAGGUUGCUCGUUGAAUACAACUCAUGAACUGUCUUGUUUUGAACUUAUGAGAUGUCCCAACAUUGUGACUAGAGAGCCAACUCGACUACAGCUUUAUGAGAAAAUCAAUCUAUAUUUUUUGAGUUGGUUUGUUAAUGAUGCAUAUAAUUAUUAAAUUGUAUAUAUCACCUCAUAUGGUGUUUAAUAAAUUGAGUAUAUGUAAGCAAAUACGUCUCAUAUAUGACAUAACAUUAGGUAAUCACAUGUAUCACAUAUGACAUAUAUACAUAUUAGGGUAUUUAUAUUAUAAAUUAUCUUAGAGUUGAGUACGAGUCGAACUUUCGAUCUUAAUGAUGUGUCAAGAUUUAAUAAAUGAGUUGGCUCGUGUUCGACUCGACUCAGCUCGUUUAUAAACAAGUCAAGCUCGACCUCAGCUCGUUUAUAAACGAGCCAAACAUGAACAAGACAAAACUCGACUCGGCUGUGCUCAUUAACAACCCUAUUUACAAGUAAAAAACUAAUGAUUCCAAUUACUGAAGUUGUUAGAAGUUAUACAUGGUCAAUUUAUUCUCCAACAUUAUCACUAGACCAAUCAUUUUAAGUAUUUAAAAAAAAAUAUUUCACAUAAAGUAAAUUUUCUUCCUAAUUUGAUGCGAUAAGUUGAAAAAUCCAAACAAAUCCUAGAUUAUGACAAAAAUUUUACCAAGGAAUAGAAUAUACAAGGAAUAAGUAAUCAAGGAUAAGGUUGUCA